CCAAGAUUCCUCUCGACUGUGCCAUUACUGGAGUCUUGAUUCAAGCAAACGGUUCUUACUGUAGAUGUAGGUCACCAACACAUGACCAGGGUGGCCUGAGUCCUCCACCAGAAACAAAUCAUAAGAGGAAAAGAACAAGGGUUUAUGAUCUUCGGAGCAUUUUGUGGUGAGACAUGGAGCCCAUCAGCACGACCACCCUGCCAAAUGCCUCAAACACAGACCAAGGCCACUGCAAGGGGCAAUGCAGGGUGAUUCUGAUAACACUCUAUGGCGUGGUUUUGCUCGGAGGCACUACUGGAACAGUAUUGAUGUCACGUAUGAUGUUCAAAAGGAAAAGCCAAUCAAUGAUUGCCAUGAUCGUUGUCAAUAUCAUAGUGCUGCACUCAGUCCUCCUGGUCAGCCUUCCAUUCCGCCUCAGCUAUUAUAUCUUAGAGGUCUGGGAGUUUGGAACCUUUCUCUGCCGAUUGGUCAGCAGCAUAUUAUAUGGUCAUAUGUACGUCACCUUUUUUUUCUACGUGGCCAUUGUCAUACUCCGAUUGCUCAUCUAUUUUAAGAAACUCCAAAUGCAACAGUUGCAAAAGUGCCAUGCGGUAGUUUUAAGCAUUGUUAUUUGGACCGUGAGCGGCCUCAUUUUUUUGCCAAUAUUAUUUUUACAAUAUGGCAUAAAUCCAAGUUACUCAAAACAACGGCGAUGCUUUGAGUUCUACAAAGAUAUCAACCGCAGAGAAUUCAUUAUCUUGAACUACUCUAUGAUUGUUAUCAUGAUCACAACGGUUGGGGUCCUCUUCCUGAUACAGAUGGGCGUCAUUCUCCAACAGACAAAAGCUCUCUGGCCUGACAUGUGGGCCCAUCAAGACUAUAGAGCUCAAAUCAAGAGCUUCUUCUUCCUUCUAGUAAUAGUGGUCUGUUUUAUACCCCAUCAUGUAUUCCGGGUACACUUUAUUCAAAAUUACUCAGAGAUAGACAAUUCUGAGUUAGUUCUUUAUAACGAAAUUUUUGUUGCUUUAACUACUGUCUGUUGCCUGGAUAUGGCGUGCUUCAUAGGUGGAGUUAUCCAUUAAAUAUUCCUCGUCACUUGCUUUGUAAUCAGCUUUUUACCAUUGUGACAAAAUAGUUUCAAAUGAAUGACUGCUACCAUGAUUCCAAAUGUUUCAAUGCUCUGCUCUUAAUUAUCACCAAAAUUGUUUUUCCAUGAAAAGGUAGAAGAUUGACAGUUUCUUCUCUUCUGAGAGAACGACGAUCUGUUCUCCAUUAACUAUAGAAUAUAUUCAAUUUCCAUAGCUCUACACAAGUUGACCCCCAAAAUCCUUUCGACACUCAACUCCUACCCCUUUUUCAGGAGAUACUUCUGCUAAGCACAACUAUUGUCUUUCCCUAUGCAGUAAUCUAGGCUGUUCUCUUUGCAUUUGCUCUUGCUGGGCUUUGAUCUUAGAAUGUUAUUUCCCUCCGUCUCCAAACUAUCUACUCAAGGUCCAGAGAACCUGAAGAUAUGGACUGUAGGAGACUUAACUUAUUCAACCGAUGCUCAACCUGAGAUACAUGCCUCUUGAAAAUGACUGAUAGACAGUAAAGCUAUGGCUGCUGGCCAUGGUAUUUAGAGGAAAGAACCAGCUUAGAUAGUCAAAUGACUUAGAGGAAGUCCUUUCAGGAUUAAUCGAGCAUUAAUAUGGUUUGAUUCUGACUAAGACUUAGUAGGGGCUCAGGAAACAGAAUGCCUCCCAUAUCAUUCCAGACAUGGAUCUGUUAAGCAGAAAAAGAAAUUGGAAAAGGUGGAAAGCAUCUGGACUUAGUCUAAGCAUGCUGGCAGACUAUAUUACAGCCCAAACCUUUGAGAAUGUGAGACUAUUCUUAACCUUGUUCAAGGCACCCUUUAUGACCAAGUAGUGUUAUAUAAUGAAAAUCAAUUCUGAUAUCAGUUAAAAUCAAUAAAAAUAACCAAGACAACCAACUUGGAUUGAGAUAAGUAGAAUCCAAGUGGGUCGUCUUUGUUAUUUUUAUUGCGUUAACUGAUACUUAACUGAUAUAGGAAUUGACAUGCUCUGGGGUGGCUGGGUGGCUCAGUAGGUUGAGUGUCCAACUUCAGCUCAGGUCAUGAGCUCACGGUUCGUGAUUUCGAGCCCUGCGUUGAGCUCUGUGCUGACAGCUCAGAGCUUGGAGCCUGCUUGGGAUUCUGUAUCUCCCUCCCUCUCCGUCCCUCCCUGGCCCAUGCUCUGACUUUCUCUCCCUCUCUCUCUCAAAAAUAAAUAAAUGUUAAAAAAUUUUUUUUAAAGAAAUUGACAUGCCCUUGUGAUUUGUUUAUAACAAUGCUACCUUUGAUAUUAAAUUUACUGACUCAAAUAACCAAACACUUAUGGCUGACAAGGCAGCAUAGUUUACACAAAAGAGUUUUGGAAUAAUCUGGGCAUGUGGAUUCAAAACUUUUUAGUAACUAUGGAAUCAUGGAUAAAUGAGGUAUUUAUAAUCUCUGAUCCCCACUGUCCUAUGCUGUAGGGUUUUGGUAAAGCUGAAGCAAGAUAGCAACAUGUGUUAAAUAAUGGCAUAGUGCCUGACAUCCCAUACUCAGGAUAAUAUUACUUACUCUCCUAAUCCAGGGGCAACUUUGUGCAAAUAAUUUAAAAAUAGACCUAAAAUGUUGAUUCAUAUAAAAAUAAAUUUUAGAAGCUUAGAUGCUAUUGGUCAAUGUUAAUCUCAUACUUUGUGUCAUUAAGUCAGUAACUAAAUGGAUGCUUAUUCCUCUUUCUGCCUAUAAGAAAUUGUCAUUAUUAUUCUAUAAUUAUUAGUAAUACUUUAAAAUACUAUAGGAGAACCAUUUUAUAAUCCUGCUGUCACAGAACAAGAUAAAUAGUGGUGCACUUACAUGCAAUCAGCGAAGGAAACAAUCAGCAAAACUAAAAGGCACCCGACAGAAUGGGAGAAAUAUUUGCAAACGACAUUAUCAGAUAAAGGGUUAGUAUCCAAAACGUAUAAAGAACUUAUCAAACUCAACACCCAAAAAACAAAUAAUCCAGUGAAGAAAUUGCAAAAGAUAUGAAUAGACACUCCUCCAAAGAAGACACCCAGAUGGCCAACAGACACAUGAAAAGAUGCUCCACAUAACUCAUCAUCAGGGAAAUACAAAUCCAAACCACACUCAGAUACCACCUCACACUGGUCAGAAUGGCUAAAAUUAACAACUCAGGCAACUACAGAUGUUGUUGAGGAUGCAAAGAAAGAGGAACACUUUUACACUGCUGGUGGGAAUGCAAAGUGGUGCAGCCACUCUGGAAAACAGUAUGAAGGGUCCUCAAAAAGUUAAAAAUAGACCCAGCAAGUGCUGAUUCGAAGGAGCACAGGCACCCCAAUGUUUUUGGCAACACUAUCAACUAUAGCCAAAAGAGCACAAAUGUCCAUCAACUAAUGAAUGGAUAAAGAUGUGGUAUAUACAUACAAUGGAAUAUUACUUGGCCAUCAAAAGGAAUGAAAUCUUGCCAUGUGCAAUCAUGUGGAUGAAACUAGACUGUUAGGCUAAGCAAAAUAAGUCAGUCAGAGAAAGACAAAUAUAUGAUUUCACUCCUAUGUGGAAUUUAAGAAACACAAGAGAUGAAUAUAGGGGAAGGGAAUAAAAAAUAAGAUAAAAACAGACAGUGAGACAAACCAUAAGAGACUCUUGAAUACAGAGAACAAACUGAGGGUUGCUGUCGAGGUGUUGGGUGGGGGGUGGGCUAAAUGGGCAAGGGGCAUGAAGGAGGGCACUUUUCCAGAUGAGCACUGGGUGUUAUAUGUCAGUGAUGAAUCACUAAAUUCUAUUCCUGAAAUCAUUAUUACACUAUAUGUUAACUAACUUGGAUUUAAAUUAAAAAAAUAUCACUUUUGGGGGCA